AUGGAUGCAUCUGACAGCGAAAGGACUGUUUACGGCCUUCAGGAUAACCAACAAGAAGCACAGAAGCGACUCACCGUGUCCUUUCAAGAUGUCGGCGUAGAUGUUCACGGCCUGGGUGAGGACUUCGCCUCGACAUGCACCUCCGUCAUCACCGACUGGAAAUCCUUCAAGGAGCAUACCUCCAAGCGGUCUAUUCUUCAGGGAAUCUCGGGUCAAGUUCGUCCAGGCGAGAUGCUCCUUAUCCUUGGAAGGCCUGGCUCCGGCUGCACGUCGCUACUCAAGGUUAUCGCCAAUCACGUCCAUGAGUUCCCUGUGGUUAGAGGUCAGGUUCGAUGCGGCAACACUAUAGGCUUCGCCACAGCCACCAAGCUUCCUGGAACGCGGCCGGAACACCUACAGGACAAGAGUGCGUAUGCCUCACAAACAACCGACGCGAUCCUCUCGUCCCUCGCCAUCAGCCAUACCAAGGACACCAUGGUUGGCAAUGAAUUCAUCAGGGGUGUUUCGGGUGGUGAGCGAAAGAGAGUGUCAGUGGCCGAGGUCAUGGCUACGCAGGCGCCGGUGCAGUGUUGGGACAACUCUAGAAGAGGUCUGGACGCCAGUGGCGCCCUGGACUUUGUGCUCGUCCUGCGGCGAUCAGCGGACGAAGAGCACAAGACCAUUAUUGCAAUAUUAUAUCAGGCAGGCAAUGGUAUCGUCGAUCUUUUCGACAAAGUACUGGUGCUCUCUGAGGGCCGGGAGAUUUACUACGGUCCUGCCACUGAUGCGCGCAAAUACUUUGAGGAUAUGGGAUUCGUGUACGCUCCCGGGGCCAACGUCGCCGACUUCCUCACCGCAGUCGCUGUGCCCACUGAACGGACGAUUGCUCCGGGCCGCGAGGACCCGGUACCAAACACAGCAGAGGAGCUUGAGGCUCGUUACAGAUCGAGCCGGCAUUUCAAGGACAUGAUGGGGCGGAUGGCAUCGACCCGUGAGGAUGUACUGGCUCGCGAGGUCGACGACUUGAAGGCCAUCCGAGAACUGGAGAAGAACCGCACAUUCGGUUUCUUGUCACGGGUUGGGAGUCUAUAUCACGCUUCCUUCUACAAGCAGGUAAUGGCGUUGACGAAGAGACAGUUUGAGAUCCUUUGGGGCGAUCGUUGGUCCAAUGCUCUGCAGCUCGCCUCUUCCAUCGCAAUGGCCCUUGUAGUAGGUAGUGUGAACUACAACCUACCAAGCACCAGCCAGUCCAUCUUCACGCGGCCUGGUGCUCUCUUCUUUCCGAUCAUGCUGUGGGCUAUGAACAUGAUGUCUGAGACAGUCGCCUCGUUCAUGGGACGGCCUAUCCUGACCAGGCACAAGCGAAUGGCUUUCAACCGUCCGGCCGCCUACGCCGUGGCCUGCAUCCUCACGGAUAUACCUGUCGUGUGCUUCAUGUAUAGCCUUUUUGAGCUGCUGAGCGGUUUCGUGACCAUGUUGACAAUGGUCUAUGCUGGUUAUCUAAUCCCAACUACAAGUAUGCAUCCAUGGUUCCGCUGGAUCGCCUGGAUCAACCCAGCCUCGUACGCGUUCGAGGCAGUGCUCGCCAGUGAGAUAGGUAGUCGUACCAUGGACUGCGUCGCGCCUCAGCUAGUCCCGUACGGUCCUACUUACGAAGGAAAUACGCAUCGCAGCUGCACUGUUCAGGGAUCCCCGCAAGGAGACUCGAUGAUCAUCGGAGAGGAGUACAUUGAGUUCAGGUAUGGAGCCACAUCGGGCCACAUAUGGAGGAAUGUAGGCAUCCUUAUUACUUUCUGGAUCUUCUUUGCCAUCUUGGCUGCUAUCGCUUUUGAAGUUAACCUUUACAGUGGUUCCAGCUCCAAGAUCCUAUACAGCCGUCGGCAAUACAAAGCACAGCUCAAGGAGGCCGACGACGUCGAGAAAGCCCAGAACAAGAACAAUCCCGACGAGGUAGACACCAUCUCUGCCAGCUCCACAGUCUUCACCUUCAAGGACAUCAGUUAUUUUGUGCACCAUGAAGGUCAAGAGAAGCAGCUGUUGCAGAAUAUCUCUGGCUAUGUCAAGCCGGGCCAGUUGGUGGCACUGACGGGAAGUUCCGGCGCUGGGAAAACCACACUCAUGGAUGUCCUUGCGCAGAGAAAAGACAGCGGCCGCGUAGAGGGCAGCAUCAUGGUCAACGGCAAGCCACAGGGCAUCAUCCUUCAGCGAACUACGGGAUGCUGUGAGCAGAACGACGUUCACGAACCAACCGCCACGGUUUUGGAAGCCCUGCUGUUCUCAGCCCGUCUCCGACAGCCCAAAAGCGUCCCGGACUUUGAGAAGCAGGAGCAUGUCCGGCGUAUCAUGAAUGUGUUAGAGCUUACCGUUUUGCAACACGCUGUUAUUGGAAUCCCUGGUGAGGGAUUGUCUAUCGAACAACGCAAGAGGCUGACUCUGGCUGUCGAGCUCGUCGCGAAGCCCUCCCUGCUGUUCCUGAACGAAACUACGUCUGGCCUCGAUGGCCAGUCCGCUUACCAGAUCUGUCGAUUCAUGCGGAAGCUGGCGGCCUCGGGCCAGACCGUUAUCUGCACAAUCCACCAGCCCUCUGCAACUCUGUUUGACAACUUUGACGUCCUUCUGCUGCUGGCAAAGGGAGGGAAAACCACUUACUUCGGUCCCACCGGUGAGAACUCGGCUAUCCUGCUAGACUAUUUCGCUCGCCACGGCGCUCCCUGUGAGCCAGGCAUGAACCCAGCAGAGCACAUUGUCGACGUCGUCCAGGGGCGAUAUGGAACGGGUAUUGACUGGCCGCAGAAAUGGCUCGAUUCGGAGGAGUUCAGCCAGACCAUGGCCGAGCUGAGAGCCCUCAAUGCCUCGGCUUCAGCAGGGGACGCCGAUCACACUGCCACUGACCAAGAAGAAGAAGACGUGAAUGAUUUUCCCAACCCUGUCCUCUACCAGAUCCGCUUGGUCACCCAACGUCAAUUGGUGGCUCUCUGGCGGAAUCCAGAUUAUGUUUGGAACAAGAUGAGUCUACAUGUCACUAACGCUCUGGUUGGCGGCUUUACGUUCUGGCAGAUCAGCAACGGUUCCUUCGACUUACAGCUCCGACUCAUGGCGAUCUUCAACUUCGUCUUUGUCGCUCCUGGGUGCAUCAACCAGCUCCAGCCCUUUUUCAUCCGCAAUAGGGACCUGUUCGAGACCCUUGAGAAGAAGUCCAAGACAUACCACUGGCUCGCCUUUGUCUCGGCACAGCUCAUGUCUGAGAUUCCUAUCUUGAUCACCUGUGCCACGGUUUACUUUGCCUGCUGGUACUUCACUGCCGGGUUCCCAGUCAAAGCAAGCGCAUCUGGCCAGGUUUAUUUCCAGAUGAUAUUAUACGAGUUCCUUUAUACCUCGAUUGGUCAAGCUAUCGCUGCUUACUCUCCAAAUGAAUACUUCGCCGCACUCGCCAACCCACUCAUCAUUGGUGCUGGCCUCAUAAGCUUCUGCGGCGUCGUUGUCCCAUACUCAUUGAUACCGACUUUUUGGCGCUACUGGCUCUACUGGCUGGAUCCAUUCACGUACCUGAUCGGUGGUCUCUUGGAGCCUGUUGUCUGGGACGUCAAAGUCCAGUGCAAGCCUGAGGAGCUGACUUCCAUCCCGCUGCCGGACAACACCACCUGUGGCGACUAA